UUUUGUCUCUCUUUCUCUUUAAACCAAUACACAGCUCAUUGCAUCCCCUCUAUAGCCUCUCUCUCUCUCUCUCUCUCUCUCUCUCUCUAUCUGAGCAGGGAUACUGAUUGAAGAAAAUGCCUAGCUCUGCAGAUUCAUUUUUGAGGCAGCUAAGUGGGAAAGAGGCAUGGAAAUCUUCAUCAAGGAGAUGGGGCGGUGGGAGUAGCAAGAGGUUUGAUGGGUGCGGGAGAAGCUUGAAGCAGGUGGAAGGGCUGAACAUGUAUGGCAGCUACAUCGAUGGGCUUAGUAGUGAGGAGAAUGGAGGUGGGGGUUUGGGAAUGAGGAAGAGGGUGAUGGUGGUGGUGGAUAACUCUUCAUAUUCCAAGCACGCCAUGAUAUGGGCUCUCACUCAUGUCACUAACAAGGCUGAUUUGCUCACUCUCCUCCACAUCAUUCCCCCUUCACACUCGCACACAGCUUCUGACAGAGCUGCGUCUUCUUCUUCUAAUCCAGCUGACCUCGCUAGCUCUCUUGGGUCCCUCUGCAAGGCCUGCAAACCUGAGAUGUGGCCGGGAAGAGUGGUACUGAUGAUGGUUGAUGGAUCAGGUGGAGGUGGAAGCAUUGGUGAUACAGGGACCAAAGCUAGCGACGGUGAUGAGCCAGGUGAAGAAGCUGGAGGUUUCGGUGCUGGUGCUGGGGCAGAGGAAGCCCUCUUCGUUCCUCCACUGUCUAUGUGGAAGCAGCGGGGAAGAGGAUUUUGUGGAGCAGUGCAUCAACGGUACUGCUAAUACAGAGUGCUUGGCAAUUGGAGUGAGGAAACAGAGCAGAGGCGUCGGUGGCUACCUCAUCACCACCAGAUGCCACAAAAACUUCUGGCUCUUGGCCUAGUCCUAAUUAUAGUUACCAAGUACUAGCUGCAGUUGUUAAAGUUUGAGUCUAGUUUUAGUAAAUUGUGUAAUUGGUGUAUGAUCGCAAGUGGGGAAAGUGAAUAGGGUCCUUGGUUGCCUCUGAUACAUCCAUGGCCCAAUGUAACUAUGUAAGUACUAACUAGUUAGACAUUCAUCUUUUACUGACCAA